UUUAUGUCUAACAAGUAACAAAGAAUAUUUGGGCAUUUUUGGUAAGUGUUGUUGUGGUAAUGGGUUUUAUGGUGGAUACGCAAGACGAAGGUGGUGGUGGAGACCAUUCAUGGGGUUGCUUAAGAACUUUAAUCAGAAGGAAACAAGUCGACUCUUCUUCAAAUGGCGAAACUGGGAUUCAUCCUCAGCUCGCCAAAGCUUUGACCUUUCCUCACUUGAUUGCUAUUGGUGUUGGAUCAACGAUUGGAGCAGGGGUUUAUAUUCUUGUGGGAACAGUAGCUAGGGAGCAUUCAGGACCUGCUCUUGCUUUUUCUUUCCUUAUAGCUGGGAUUUCAGCUGCCCUUUCGGCUUUUUGUUAUGCGGAACUCUCUAGUCGUUUCCCUUCAGCUGGGAGUGCCUAUCAUUAUUCUUACAUUUGCAUUGGGGAAGGUGUUGCGUGGUUGAUUGGCUGGGCAUUGAUUCUGGAAUACACAAUUGGUGGUUCAACAGUUGCUCGUGGCAUAUCUCCUAAUCUGGCAAUGAUUUUUGGUGGUGAAGAUAGUCUACCUUCAAUAUUAUCUCGUCAUCAAAUCCCUGGCCUAGAUAUUGUUGUUGACCCGUGUGCUGCUGUACUAGUGUUAGUUGUCACAGGGCUCUUAUGCAUUGGAGUGAAGGAGAGCACAUUUGCUCAGGGAAUCGUAACUACAGCAAAUGUCUUUGUCAUGCUAUUUGUCAUAGUAGUUGGUAGUUAUCUGUGUUUUAAGACUGGUUGGGUUGGUUAUGAACUCCCAACAGGGUAUUUUCCAUAUGGUGUUGAUGGAAUGCUUACUGGAUCUGCUACUGUUUUUUUUGCUUACAUCGGGUUUGAUACAGUUGCAAGUAUGGCAGAGGAGGUGAAAAAACCCCAGCGGGAUUUACCGCUUGGUAUUGGUCUUUCACUCCUGCUUUCUUGUUUGCUAUACAUGAUGGUGUCUGUUGUUAUUGUUGGUUUGGUGCCGUAUUAUGCUAUGGACCCUGACACUCCAAUCUCCUCCGCAUUUUCUAGUCAUGGAAUGCAAUGGGCUGCAUAUUUGAUAACUUUAGGUGCUGUCAUGGCUCUCUGUUCUGUGUUAAUGGGCUCCAUUCUCCCUCAGCCGCGGAUUCUGAUGGCAAUGGCUAGGGAUGGUCUCUUGCCUUCAUUUUUCUCAAAUGUGAAUCAACGCACACAGGUUCCUAUAAAUGGUACCGUAAUAACUGGUUGUUGUGCAGCAAACUUAGCUUUCUUUAUGGAUGUUUCGCAACUGGCUGGAAUGGUGAGUGUUGGGACACUUGUUGCAUUUACAAUGGUUGCUGUUUCGGUGUUGAUAGUCAGAUAUGUUCCUCCAGAUGAGGUACCUCUUCCCUCAUCACUUCAAGAGAGGAUUUGUUCUGUUCCUUUCCAAAGUGGUGAAGAGAACUCAUCCAGUCACGUUGAGACUUCCAUUAGAAGUACACAACCUUUACUUUACGAAACUAAUGCCUCAAUUCUGGAGAAGCAAGAAGCUCAAGGAGGAUGGAUUCUCAACAAAGAAAACAGGAGAAAACUCGCUGGUUGGAGCAUUAUGUUCACUUGUACUGGAAACUUUCUUUUAAGCUAUGCAGCCUCUAGCUUCCAUUUGCCAGGACUCCUCCGUUAUUCUCUAUGUGGUGUUGGUGGAUUGUUCCUUCUCGUCGGUUUGAUUGUUCUGAGCUGCUUAGAUCAAGAUGAUGCUAGACACAGUUUUGGGCAUUCUGGAGGCUUCAUUUGCCCGUUUGUUCCACUUUUGCCUAUCGUCUGCAUUCUUAUCAACAUGUAUCUCUUGGUAAACCUUGGAGCUGGGACAUGGGCUCGUGUAUCGGUUUGGCUGUUCAUCGGAGUACUUGUUUACAUUUUCUAUGGGCGAAGAAACAGCGCUCUUGUAAAUGCAGUUUAUGUUCCCACUGCUCAUACCGAAGAGAUUUCUCCUACUUCUAGAGAUUCUUUGGCCUAAAUCUACAUGAAACCAUCAAUGGAAGCUCAAGAGGCAUUGGAUAAAGAGGAGAUUUGUUAAAUAUGUUCCAACAAAAUCUGUAAUGUUAUUCUUUUCUGAGGUUGGAUUAUCAAGUCAAGUUGUAAAUAAACGUUCAAUGCCACUGCUUAUAGGCAUUGUAUAUAAAACUAAAAAUUUGUAAAUUCUUCUGUUCAAAACUUUAUAAAAGUACAUAUGUCUCAUUUGUA